AUGGAAAGGCUCUCUCAAGGUUGUGUGCUGGGUGUGGGCCAACCGUUGUUGGAUUAUUUAACCCAUGUUGGCGAUGAGAUCUACACGAAAUAUGGUUUAAAAGAAGACGAUGCGGUCUUGGACAACGGUGGACACACCCAACUGUAUGAGGAGCUUGUGAGCCAGUAUCGGGUCCACUAUGAGGCUGGAGGAGCCGGAUUGAAUACGAUAAGGAUGAUUCAAUGGCUUCUGAAAAAGCCUCACGCUUGUGCUUUUAUUGGCUGUGUGGGUAUGGAUGACGCGGCUGACACACUACGGGAAGAGUGCGAAAAAGUUGGAGUGCGGGUUAAACUGUUCCGAUCCAGCCACGGCGCCUUGACCGGGAAGUGUGCCGUUUUGGUGCAAGAUCGAUUUCGUAGCAUGGUCACUCACCUUGGCGCAUCAAAGGAGCUCUCGCUAGAACAUUUGAAGGGCAACGACGCGUGGCCCAUGAUUGAGCGAGCUCGAUUUGUAUAUACCACGGGUUAUAUGCUCAAUUUUUGUCAAGAUGGAUUGAAAGAAUUGGCCAGAUAUGCACAUACGGAAGGCCAGGUGUUUUGUUUCAAUUUCGGAGCACCGUACGUCCUCAAGUACUUGACAGACCGCGUGGAUGCUAUUCUUCCCUAUGUGGACAUCCUAUUCUGCAACAGAGCCGAGGCUAAAGCGUACGCAGGCAAACACAAAAUGCAAGAUGCGUCGGUUUCUGCAAUUGCCCAGCACUUGACUUCUCUCAGUCGAAGGACUGGUCAUCAGAAUCGACGCAUUGUGUUGAUCACACAAGAAACGGAUCCGGUAAUCGUUGCCGUCUCCGGAGAUACGACAAUAUCCAGUAACUAA